AUGGACGGCUUGGGGAACUACUAUUCUGUCACCUGGAACUGGUCCACUGUGGGCUUCCACAGCCACAGCUCCUUGGACACGAUGGUGACGGUUUUUUACCUCCUGUUGGUCCUGAGCAUAGGUUUAUGGGCUGUAUUGUCACACAACCGUGCUACAGUAAAAGACUUCUUCCUGGCUGGUGGAAAUCUAACGUGGUGGUUGAUAGGCACUUCUCUUUUUGCUGCAAACACUGGCAGUGGCCUCUUUAUGGGCCUGGCUGGACUAGGAGCUUCUUCAGGGAUCGCUGUUGGGGCCUUAGAAUGGAAUACUAUCUUAAUGCUCUUUGUUCUUGGUUGGAUAUUUAUUCCUAUUUACAUCAAGGCUGAGGUGGUGACAUUGCCAGAGUAUUUGAGGAAGAGAUUUGGUAGCAUCCGAAUCCAGCUGUUACUUUCUGUUCUGUAUUUAAUCCUCCAUAUCUUCAGUAGGAUUUCGCUGGAGAUCUGCUAUGGUGCCAUGUUUUUGAAAAUGGUUUGGGACGUAGAUAUUUACCAGACUGCCCUACUGCUGUUGACCAUCGCUGGUAUCUAUACCAUAACAGGUGGUUUGACAGCUGUAGUUUAUACUGAGGCCUUCCAAGCUGGCAUUAUGCUUUUGGGAUCAUUAUUGUUAACGAUUUAUACCUUUCGUGAAGUGGGAGGAUAUAAGGAGCUAGUGGAUAAGUACUUCCAUGCUGUUCCAAGUGUGAUCAGUGAAGGGAACUGGACUUCCAAGCCAGCAUGCUACCUUCCUCGCUCAGAUGCUUUCCAUAUCUUCAGAGACCCCAUCUCUGGAGACAUCCCCUGGCCUGCACUGAUUCUUGGUGCCUCUACACUCUCCCUGUUCUACGGGUGUGCUGACCAGGUUUCUGUCCAGCGAUUAUUGGCAGGGAAGAAUAUGUCUCAUAUGAAAGGUGGCUGCCUCCUGUAUGGGUACUUGAAGCUACUGCCCAUGUUCUUCAUUGUCAUACCAGGAAUGAUAAGCCGCAUCUUGUUCCCAAAUCACGUGGCAUGUGUUGUGCCUUCAGAAUGUCAGAAGUACUGUGGUGCCCAAAGUAGUUGCAGCCCCAUUGCCUAUCCACUGCUGGUGGUAGCAGUGUUGCCCACAGGUCUACAAGGGUUUGUGCUAUCUACAGUAUGUGCUGCCUUUAUGUCCUCCUUGACUUCCAUUUUCAACAGUGCUACUACUGUGUUUACAAUGAACAUCUAUGUCUGGAUUCGGCCUAUGGCCACUGAAAAGGAACUCAUGAUAGCAGGAAGAUUUUUUGUUAUUAUCUUGCUUGCUGUCACUAUUGCCUGGAUUCCUGUUAUAGAAACAUCCCACAGUGAAGUUUUGUUUGAAUGCAUUCAAGUAACUAGAAGUUACCUGCUACCACCUGUGACUGCAGUUUUUCUGCUUGCUGUACUUUGCAAGAGAAUCAAUGAACAGGGUGCCUUCUGGGGCCUGAUUUUUGGGAUGAUGAUUGGCUUCUUUCGACUGAUGGCUUCAUUUGCGUACGGAUCCUGGACCUGCGAUGGAGAGAACAAUUGCCCAGCAUUCAUCUGCGGCUUGCACUACCUCUAUUUUAGCACAAUCCUCUUCCUAGUUAGUGUUCUCAGCAUAUUGGUCAUCUCCUUAAUCACAGACCCAAUUCCAGAUAGACAUCUUCACCAGCUUUGCUGGAGUUUACGCAAUAGCAGAGAGAAGAGGGUAGCUCUUGACUCAGAGAUAAAGUGGAAGCGACUCCCCAGUCAUCUAGUCCAGUCAGAUAUAUUCAAGGAUACUAAGACCUGUCUCUGGAACAUUUGGGACCUGUACUGUGGACUAGAGCCAUGGCCUGACUCUAAGGUAACACCUAUAAAUUCCUCUGAGGAGGCAAGUAAGGAACAAGUGGAACACAGUGAGACAUUAGAAGAUACACAGGUCCUGGACUCGGGAGAAGCAGCUAGCACAAUGGAGUUGGAGAAGCAAAAAGACACAGAGUACAGUAAUGUGUUGGAGAAGCCCUCCUUAAAGAGAGUGGUCAAUGUCAGUGGGAUCAUCUUGGUUCUGCUCGUGGUUGUGGGCCACAUCUACUAUGGCUGA